AGCUACCGUGUCGUGUAAAGAACUGCGGACGGGUGUAGACGACGGCCGAUCAUGAUCAACGGCCGCAGCUUUUCUGUGUAAAAUGUCUGGUUUACUGACCUGUGUGACCUGGACACUACAUCAUUAUAUGAAUACACCAAGGUCAGGUCGGACACUCUACGUAAGGCAAUGCUACAUAUGAUAUGGUCCGUCAAACUAGGCCAAUAUACACUAGCUUUUUCGAAAUCUGUUGCGUAAUUAACCGACCACAUGUACAGUAGGCCUAUCUUCAGAUAUGCUUCUUAUUUCAUGUAUAUUUUAAGCUUGUUGAACGCUGUGAUCAAUUGCACGACGAAGGGCUAGUGGACGAGUAAUUAACAAUUGUUAUAAUCUGCCUCGACUGGUCUGAAGAUGGAGCAGGGUGAAAGUGAAAGUAGAACUGGUACGGUUGUUGUGAAUGAAGUGGGCGACGUAAGGCUGAAGAAGUCUAUCAGUUUUCUUCACUGUACAACUAUCCUGAUAUCUAUGACGGGUCAUAUCUCCAUUUUCAUCACACCGACGGCCAUUUUUCGAUAUACAGAGUCUGUCGCCAUCUCUCUGUUGAUCUGGUGUAUUGGCGGACUAAUAAACAUGGGAGUCUGUCUAUGUUUUACCGAGAUGGGAACCAUCUACCCCAAGGCUGGUGGCGGUUAUGCCUAUGUUCUCAAAGUCUUUGGCGAUCUUCCUGGAUUUAUGAUUAUGUUCGGGUAUAUCAUAAUGAUUUGUUGUCCAUUUUGGGCAUUUGUCGCAUAUAUUGCCUCACUGUAUACCAUCCAGCCGAUUCUAGGGUGCAGGCCAUCAGAAGCAGCAAUAAAACUACUAGCGUCUUGGAUUCUAGUGACUCUGGUAGCACUCAACUGUGUGUACAUGAAGUAUGUGACUAAGGUUCAGACAUUCUUGUCAGUCACCAAGAUUAUUGCCCUACUGAUUAUCAUAACUGGAGGAGCAGUUCACUUGAUACAAGGUGAGACAGAGAAUUUGGAAAAUGCUUUCCCACAUACAGCAGAAAAUCUAGAACCAGGAAACCUGGCCAUGGCUGUGUUCUACUCAGUAUUUACAUACGGAGGAUGGUGAGUUACCUCCCCUUUAUACACUAGAGACGAUGUCA